AUGAAAGAUAAUUAUGGACGACCCUUCUUCGUAUGUUCUGAGCGAAAGAAUCCCUGCAAGUUCUGGCAAUGGGGAGACGUAUUUGAAGGUCCGAGACCGCUAUGUCAACAUGGAAUGGUGUGCUGUGAACGAAAAGUCAAGAAAGAUGGUCCGAAUCAAAACCGUCUGUUUUACUGCUGUCCGAAGGAAGACUCUUGUGGUUUCUUCGAAUGGAAGCCACAAGACCCUCGUGUAAUCAACACUGGCAUCGUGCUCUUCAGUAAUCCACUACAAUACCAGUACAUGAUUGAAGAAACAGGAGAUACAUUUAAUAGUUCUAUAUCUAACACUAAGGAGGCCUAUGAUGAAUUUCGUAGAUUUGGUUUAAUAAGUGAACUUGAUAAAAAAGACCUCUUGUAA